AUGUCGCCAGCCCCAUCGGAUUCUGUGUCGCAAGCAAAUUCGUUGCAUCGCGGCGACUCCGUACAUACCAGACGCAAAGAUUCCUCCGCUUCUUACAGCACAAUGGCGCUCAAAACGAGCCAAAGCAGGCAGCUGACUCCUCAAGCAGCGACAAGGCCAAUUUUCAAUCAGUCAUCGCAGGAAAUCUCGGACGAUGAGGAGGAUUUUGCAUCUAACGAGCAAAGUACCCCAGCGCAUACUGCAGCUGAUUCGGCUGCCAAAAUAAGCAAAGAAGAAGAGGAAAGACUGAAGGCUGAGGUUGAGGAAGAAGAGCGAAAGAAGAAGUUACAGUUGUAUGUUUUUGUUGCAAAAUGCAUUGCCUAUCAUUUUAACGCCAAACAACCGACGGAUAUGGCAAGGAGGCAACUCAAGGUCACUAGACAGGAACUGUCCAGGAUUAAAGAGCGCUUCCAAGCUUUUUUGAAAGGUGAAACCCAAAUUGCGGCCGACGAAGCGUUCACAAAAGCGAUUGAAUCGUACUACGAGGUUUGA